AUGUUGGAUAAUCAGCAUAUGUUGAAUGAAACGGCCAAGCAGCUGAUGGAGAUGGACAAGCCGACCACGACCAACGUGCCGGGCCCCAGCUCUGAGCCGGCCCCGUUGGGUCCCUGUUCUCUCGGGCCCUCCCCCGGCACCUCGCCGUCCAACGGGAACGGCCCGGCCCAUCGGCGAGGCGAAGGGAAGAAGAACGCCAAGAAGAGGCACUCCUUCUCGGCGCUGUCCGUCAGCCAGCGAGCGGCCCAGCUCAACAACAGACACAGCAUGGAGAUCUCCCAUCCGGUCCUCAUCAGCUCCUCGGACCCUAGGGCCGCCGCUCGCAUCCAGGACGCAUCGUCCCCGGGUCCCUCGCCCUCCUCGGCAGGGGGGCCGAAGGUGGCCUCCAUAACCUCGGAGCUGUUGGCCCACGCCAAGGUGCAGCUGCCUCUCAACAUCUACCUAGCUCUGUACGCCUACAAGCCGCAGAAGGCGGACGAGCUGGAACUGCGGAAAGGCGAGAUGUACCGUGUGACGGAGAAGUGUCAGGAUGGAUGGUUCAAAGGCACCUCGCUGAGAACGGCCGGCUCCGGAGUCUUCCCAGGAAACUAUGUCACCCCUGUGUCCAGGGCGACAUUUGGAGUCUCUGCUCCUCGUGGAUCGUGUGUGUCCGGCCCAGGAAAUGGUGGAAGUAGUCAGGUGGGGGGUAAAACCUCAGACCCCUCCUCUCCGGCGUCCCCGGGCCCCUCUUCGUCGCGACCUUCCACCCCGCUGGCCAACUCGGUUAGCCCCGCCUCCUCGCCGCAGACGGCGGCGGCGCAGCUGAAGAACUGCUUGCGCUCGGCUCAGCAUCCGCUCUCCCAGACACGCACCUCCAUGCAGCUGAUCCACAGCCCCCCUGCUGGGAGCCCAGAGCGACCCCAAGUUUCCAUAUCCUCCCUGCGCUCUCAGAGCUCCUCCCCCUCACGCUGCUCCGGCCAAUCAGGUCGCCCCCUCUCCAUGACGUCCCCAGGGCCCAGUUUGGGCCCCUCGCCGCUGUCUUCCCCCGCCUCUCGGCCCCACCUGCCCCUCUCGUCUCCUCUGUCCUGCCUCACGCCUCCCAACGUGUCUGCGGCGCUCCUCAACGGGGAGACGGGCAGUCCCCUUCACCCGCCCUCGCCGGGACCCUCCCACACGCCCUCGCCGCCCGCCCUCGCACCCAAGCCUGAAAAG